GAAGAAAAGCCAAGGACCAUCCUCCAGAAAAUAAGAUAUUAUUUCAAACGUUAUUGGUACAUAGCGAUUCCUGUGCACACAGUUAGUUGUAUCUUAUGGUUUGCCAUCGCCUACCUUAUCGUUAGAAGCGGAAUCGAUAUAGUCGCUAUGUUAGAAUAUUUUAAUGUUCCUGAGAUAUUAGUUGAGAAAGUUAAAAAAACGCCACCUAGUGCUGGCACUGCCCUGGUGGCUUUUAUCUUGUAUAAGAUAGCAACGCCUCUGCGUUAUAUAACGACUAUUGUUGGUAUACAACUUGCAUUUUACAUACUUCGACGUUUUGGCUGGUUACGCACGGCGAAAGAAUUCGAGUAUAAAAUACGAUCAGAAUAUGAAAAAAAAGGUUUGCAUAAAGUAGGGAGGCAUUAUAGAGGUUAUGGAAGGUUAGGUAGACGUACUCUUAGAAAAAUAUUUAAAAAUGUGAUUUUUUAUGAUUUUAUCUAA